GGGCGCACAGCCGAGGUCGGGAGGCAGCAGGCGAGGGGAUCCCGGGAGCCAGCGCAUCUCCAGGAGAGCCUUCCCGGGAGCUUCCCUUGGAGCGGGGACUCUCGGCUGUGCGGCAAUCGGGGCUGACAGGGCCCGGCGGGGCGGUCCCGAGGGACGGGGCAGGCGAUGACAGCCCGCGUUUUCCAAGUCCUGGUUUCGCUUCGUUUCAGGUCUGGAGUUUGACUUGGCCACGAAUCUGGUGGGGCAGCCCCUGGUGAGGCAGCAGGUGAUGAAGGGGGUGAGGGAGUUUCUGGAGAAUCCGAAUCCAAUGAAACCCCUCGUGAUGUCCUUCCAUGGCUCGACGGGAACAGGCAAAACCUACGUGAGCUCCAUGCUCAUUCGCUACCUCUUCCAGAGGGGGCUGCAGAGCCCCUAUGUUCACCACUUCUCGCCCAUAGUGCAUUUCCCCCACGCUGAGCAGGUGGAGCAGUACAAGGAAAGCCUGAAGCGCUGGAUCCAAGGGAACUUGACAAAUUGUGGACGGUCAGCUUUUCUCUUUGAUGAGAUGGACAAGAUGCACCCAGGCCUGAUCGAUGUGAUCAUCCCGUUCCUGGGACCCUCAUGGGUUGUGUAUGGGACCAACUACCGCAAAGCCAUCUUCAUCUUCAUCAGCAAUGCAGGAGGGGAGCAGAUCAACAACGUGACAUUGGCUCUGUGGCAUGCCCGCAAGGACCGGGAGGAAAUCAGCUUGCAGGACCUGGAGCCAGCCAUCUCCAAGGCAGUCUUUGAAAACCCUCAGAGUGGCUUCUGGAAAUCUGAGAUCAUUAAUGAACAUCUCAUUGAUUUUGUUGUGCCUUUUCUCCCUCUGAAGCACUACCACGUAAAGCAGUGCGUCAUCAGUGAGCUUGUCCAGCAAGGUCUGGAGGUACGGCCAGGUGUUGUCCAGGAAGUGGCUGACAGCAUCCCCUACUUCCCAGAAGAAGAGAAAUUAUUCUCGUCAACGGGCUGUAAAACAGUGGCCUCUCGCAUCAGUUUUUUCUUCUAGUCACUGGCUAGGGCCUCUCUCAGAUCCAUGUGGAGCUAGAAGGCACCCACGGCUGGUGGGAUAAGCAGUGGGAACGGUGUGUCACUUCAAAGCACAAGUGCUCUCCUGCUGAACUCUCCCUAGCCCAAAGGAGUCCAUUGCAGGAUGCAGCUGAAGGACAAGGUGCAAAUUAUGUGAUUUAAAGCACUUUACUGAUUCACUGUUGGCCAGGUAAGGGUGGAUCCACCACCUGAGACAUCUGUGAUGACAUGGGGAAGAUGCUGAUAGGGUCUGCAGUGUCAAGGAGGUUCUCACCCUCUCAACAGCACCUACCCGCAGCUCUCCCCACUUUUGGCAGCUGUUCAUACCCAAUACCUUAAGAUUCUGAGCCCACAGAAGAAUAUUUCUUCCUUAUAGCAUUUUAACAGUUUUUUAAAAAGCUUUUCAAGAAGCAUAGCUGUGCCUCAGCUCCUUGGCACAACGUGAGUAGUGGUGCCGACUCCUGUAAAGGCUUCCACAUGGCAACAAAGUUUUCUUUUCAACCAAGUUUUAGAGGCACCCACAUUCCAGUUUCAUUUCACUGUGAAUAGGUGCUGGUAGGGACCGGCUUCAACGCCAAGUGACGGGGUAAUGUGGCAGAGGGCAGCACCUGAUCCAUGAGCCAGACUCCCCUACCACCCCUUCAUCCAUCUUUCCCCCUAAGGGCCAAAAGAUUUCCCUGUAGCAAACCAGGAAAACAACAACAAAGGACUUGCUUGUUUCACGGGCUGUGAAGAAUCUCAUCCUACCUCCAGGGGAGCCCACAGUGCUGCUAACGGUUUUGAAAAUUCCUUUUAUUCAGUGAUGGUUUCUACAGCAGAGUUGGUGCUAUGGGCUGUGGAGCUUCUCGUACAUCCUUCUGCUGGGCAGACGUUGCAGGCUUUGGCUGGGCCAGCACCCCUUCAGCUUCUGGGGAGUGUCACAAUGGGGGCCCUGGGGACAAGUUAAGAUCAGUGCUCCAGACUGCCAAGCAUGGGAUGCACAGCCUGGAUUUUGCUGUUAUGGGACAAGAGGUCAGAGGAACCAGAGUUCAUUUACUCGCUAUUAAAAACCUGCUCAAGGGAUGGGUGUGGGGACACUUUGCAAAGCUUCCAAAGCCGGGAGUGUUCCCUGUAUGGAAAUGAACUGCCAGUGGACCAUUCCAGUUCCCGGCCCUGAGCUUUGGGGAUUUUAGACACCACCCAAAGGCUGCCCAAGAGCUGGCCCAAAGACAGAGGCAAAAAUUCUGCCUUUUCCAAAAAUAUUAUGCAUUUCUAAUUUUGAAAUAAAUCUUACAAGA